CCUCGAGGUGAAGGUAAUGUGCGAAAUUUACACAGCCGCAACGCAAGGAAGUCAAUAUACAUCAACAGUGAACAGGCAUGAAUGGAAUUCUGCAUUAAUUGUAAAUUUAAUUUCAGAAUAUGCUACCAGAAGACUUCCUGAGCUCCAUGAAAUGAAAUCUGGCAGAAAUCAAAGAGUGAAUACACUCUUCAUUAGUUUGCUUUGUGUGGAAACCCAGAUCACGUGAUAACGCAUAGAAGAACAGUCGAACAUGACCCUAGGAGCCGUUCCUAACAUAAUCAACAUGGAUUUGACGGAGCCAUUGGGAACACACGAAGACAAACAAAAGAACUCAUCACUCAAUAAUAAAGAUAUUUCACAACAUGAAUUAACUACUGUUACUCGCUUGGAGAAUGACAUCGAGGAUGUUUACACCCUGAUCGAGUCGAAGAUUGCUACAUUCUGGAGGAGUGCCACGCGCAAUGUCCAUGAAUCACAAGAGAAGAUCAUUGGAAAAUCUCAGGAUAACUUGGACCAGAAACCGAAUCAUGGCAAAAGUACCGCGCAAUAUAUUCCCAGUAAAGCAGAAACCUUGGGCAACACAGAUUCAGAUCAUCCUGUGAGGAGUGUAGGCCCCAAAAUAGAUCUCUCAUCUAUUUCUGUCCUGGCAAACAGAGCUCUCGAUGAAUUAGAUUCUAAGCUUGAAAUAGUUGAGCAGAAAGCAGGAAACUUUAUGAGUUCCCUUACUUCAUUCUUUUCUGGCUCUGACUUGUCUGAUACUCAAGAUUUACAUGACAGACACAAGAAAAAUGCAUCUGCCCUACCCAUCCUUCCGGGGAAUGCUUAUGGAUCAUCUCGUUACGAUAUGGAAUUAUUCAAAUUGCAUACCACACCAGAUGCUUUCAUGAAUGCAAGUUUUGAAGAAGAAGCGGAGCUAUCAGAUUUCUUGGUCGACGCGAAAACCCAGGAAAUUAGCAGUCUUUUGUGCAAAUAUCUGGGAACAUUAGAAAAAUUGAUGAAUGAUCUUGUUCCCACUCAACUCACAUAUGAAAAGUUCUGGUUUAGAUACUUCAAGCAAGAAUCAAAAUUGAGAGCUGGUGAACAAGCGAGGAAAAUGCUCCUUUCUCAAAGUUCCGUGGGAGACAGCCUGUUGGGAAUGAAGGAGAAUUCCGGUCACAGCGAACGCAAGGAAGAGUGUGUCGAAAGAAAAAGUAGCAUGGAGAGAGUACGAAACCUGUAUGAUGAAGUCAACCAAGAUGAUGACGACGAAGACUUCACGUGGGACGAUGAUGAAGAAAUUCAAACUUCUGAUUCUUGA